ACAAAGGUCUGCGAUAGGCUGUCCAGCGAACAGCGAGACAUGUGUUGAUAGAAAACGCUCAGGAUCACCGCUGUCCUGACCACUCUAAGAAUGUCAUCUAGUGAGUUCGAGAAACCUAAAGACGCUGUAACUGAGAGAGAGAGCAACAAUGACAAGACACAACAGUCGACUGGGACGGAACAUCACGCCCAGUCUACCAGCGAUUCAUCAACCAGCUCAGAUGGCAGAACAGUGGCGGCUAAGAACCUGGCACUACUGAAAGCUCACUCCUUAGAUGUGAAGUUCGAGGUUGGUGAUGAGUAUGACAUCAUCGAGACCAUCGGUACCGGGGCCUAUGGGGUCGUCUCAUCCGCCAGGAGGCGGGACAAUGGCCAGCAGGUGGCGAUAAAGAAGAUCACAAAUACAUUUGAGGUUGUGACGAAUGCCAAGCGUACCCUCCGAGAGCUGAAGAUUUUAAAACACUUUAAACACGACAACAUCAUCGCAAUCAAGGAUAUUCUUCAGCCGGCGGUUCCUCCGUCAGCGUUUAAAUCCGUUUAUGUAGUUCUGGACCUGAUGGAGAGCGACCUACACCAGAUCAUCCACUCGAGGCAACCUCUGACCCCGGAACACACCCGCUACUUCCUGUAUCAGCUGCUGCGGGGGCUGAAGUACAUCCACUCCGCCAACGUGAUCCACCGGGACCUGAAACCGUCCAACCUGCUGGUGAACGAGAACUGUGAGCUGAAGAUCGGAGAUUUUGGGAUGGCUCGAGGUCUGAGUGCCGCCCACGCUGAUGAGUUGCGCUCCUUUAUGACGGAGUACGUGGCCACACGGUGGUACCGCGCCCCCGAGCUGAUGCUCUCGCUCCAUCACUACAGCGCUGCUAUCGAUCUCUGGUCCGUGGGCUGCAUCUUCGCUGAGAUGCUCGGCCGGAAGCAGCUGUUCCCAGGAAAGAACUACGUGCACCAACUGCAGCUGAUUCUCUACGUCCUGGGCACUCCACCCGAAAGUGUGGUGGGUUCCAUCGGAGCUGAACGGGUGCGCUCAUAUGUCAAGAGCUUACCCCUCAGGGUACCCGUGCCUCUCACUAAACUGUACCCAGAGGCUGAACCCGAUGCCCUGGACCUUCUGGGUGCCAUGCUCCGCUUUGAUCCUCGUGACCGGAUCAGCGUGUGCCAGGCCUUGGAGCACCCGUACCUCUCAAAGUACCACGACCCGGACGACGAGCCUGUGUGUGUGCCAGCCUUCGAUUUUGAGUUUGACCGGCAGCCCAUGAGCCGAGAGCAGAUCAAGGAGGCCAUACUGGCCGAGAUUCAGGACUUCCACCGGAAGAAGCAGGGCAGCAGGAAGAUCCAGUUCAAACCGCUCCAGAGAUCAGGGGCAGGGGCAGUGCCAAACACCCAAAACCAGCCAAUCGCAAUACAUGCACAGCAGCAAAGAGCGGGUCAAAAUCUGGCAACCACGGCACAAAGCUUAACCAGCGAGGUUCCUCCGUUUUGUAAGCCGGUCUCUCCACCGGAUCUUUCUCGUGUCGCUAAUCAUUUACUACUGUUAACACAGACAGGAAGCUGUCAGGACGUAGACAUGCCCAGUGCCAAUUCUGAUGGGCAAACCGAAACCAUAGACCUCAUCACUCCGACUUCGAGUCAGGACACACCACCCGGUGAAGCCAUGAAGAAGAGCAGCGAGAGAAUCGAACCUGCUUCCUCGAAUCAGACUCUGUCCAGACAACCGAUUCAGAACCAGACGCCUCCGCAGACGGACUCUACGCCGCUCUCAUCGAAGUGCAAUCCCACUCUCUCUCUCUCUCAGGCCCAAGCUCAGUCUCUCUCUCAAUCACUCUCUCGCUCACUAGUAAAGGGAGGAGUAACAACCGUGGAAACCACCAGAAAGGAAGGUGCCAUUUCAGACGACACCAAAGCAGCUCUUAAGGCAGCCUUGCUCAAGUCAGCUCUAAGGCAAAAGGCACGAGAUGGAAGCGCUGCAGCUUUGAGUAUAGACCUGGGUGCCGGGUGUGGAGGCUCGGCCUCCUCGCUCACGCUCUCAGGUCCAGAAAACAAGAAACCCAUCACAGCACAGGAGCGGCAGCGGGAGAGGGAGGAGAAACGGAGGAAACGGCAGGAACGGGCGCUGGAGCGGAAAAAGAAGCUGAUGGAAAAGGAGAAGAAGGAGGGAAAACACGGCCAGUCCUUUGGUGGCGUUAUGCUGAGCGACAAUGACAAGAAGCUGCUGGAGCGCUGGGGACGAAUGAUGGACACCCGCACGGACAAAUCACAGCCCUCGGACAGUAACCCCGCUAAAUCCAACAACAACACGACCGUUUCCUGUCAGAUACCCGCUGUAGGAAAGAGUCUGAUAACCACGUCAGACGUGGCAGAAUCAGUCAACCAACCGAAUGAGAUGAAGACAUUAAAGCCGCCUCAACAAAUAGUCCCUCAGAUUGGGCACUGUUUAACAUCUGGAAUGUUGCAGCCCUCUGCCACCUUUAACUCUGUGCCCAUCACCCUGAGCUCCACUGAUAAUGGGAGUGUUGGGUUAGUGGCCGUUACUGGGGGUGGAGAUGUAGGACGAGGGGCUCUGAGCAUAGUCGGAGGAGAAACUCUUGGUGUAGUCGCGGCUCCGUUUACUUUUCCCAAAAGUGACUUAAUAAAACCCCAAACCCAGACUCGGUUUCAGGGGUGCGGGACAGUAUUCACCCCAAAUCAGACCAGUGUAGCUCCAUCCCACCAGCAGCAGCAGCAGCAGCAGCAGUCUGAGCAACUCCAGCUUCCUCCUCCACACCGGGGCCAGGCAGGUUUCUCCCAGCAGCCUGUUAUGAUCACACAAAGCCAACCUCAUACUCAUCCCCAACAAACCCAACCACUUUCACACCACCAGAACACCCAGCCUCUUCCAACUCAUCCCCAACAAACCCAACCCCUUUCACACCACCAGAACACCCAACCUCUUCCUCGUAUGCAACAAACCCAACUGCUUUUACAUCCGCCACAAACUGAAAUGCUUGCACACUACCAAAAUACCCAACCACUUCCCCAACAUACCCAACCUCUCGUGCAUCAACAAACCCAAUCACUUCCACUACCCCAGCAUACCCAGUCACUUACACUUUCCCAACAGACCCAACCUCUUCCUCACACCCAAAUACCUUCUACCAACCUCCAUGUUGUGAUCCAGGACAUCAGCAGAUCUCUGCCCAGCCAGAACUCAGUAGUUUUUCCUCAACCGCUGGAAAAGCUUCAGCCAUCUGACCCAGGUGAGCAGCAUAAUGGUUCCCAUGAUCCCUCCCAUGGACCUCCUGGAACAUCAGCCCAGUCUUGUCUGAGUCUCUUGGACGCUGGGCCGUCUGGAAGCUGCAGGGUGACGGAUAUCCAUACAGUCACGUUACAACUGUCCAAGUCUCAGGUUGACGAUAUUUUGCCCCCGGUUUUCUCGGUGACCCCUAAAGGCAGUGGGGCUGGAUAUGGUGUCGGCUUUGACCUCGACGACCUUCUUACUCAGUCCCUCAAUGACUUUCAGCACUCAGACCUCAGGGACAGUCACAACGACUCCGCGCCCCUCUCUGCAUCCCUGCUGUCAGAUUGGCUGGAGGUUCACCGCAUGACCCCGGCCGACCUGGAAUCACUUCAGCAGGAGCUUCAGCUUGGAUCUCCCAUGAUUCUUUCUGAGAACUCCAACCUCCCUUAGACUUUAAUCACGCGUCGAUAGUUCCAGCUUCCUGUUAUGUCGUUAUUAGCAGUGUUACUAAACCAUCUCGUGCUAAACGUUUUUCUGUGCAGAACCUCAUAACUCCAAACCCAAAUUAAUGUUCUGAACCUCCUGAUAAGUGCCAACACCACACACACAGACAGACAGACAGACAGAAGAGACGUGUUUAUAGCAUAGAUCAGAUAUCCCCAACCAGGACGCGGACCGGUACUGGUCCUUUAUUACCGGGCCGCACAGAAAGAAUAAAUAAUUAGAGACGCUACAGGAGCAAUUACAUUUUAAAAACUCUUCAGGUGUUAUUGUCCCCAAUCACCACUAGGUGGGAGCAGCGUCUCAGGAUUCACACUGAUUUUUUUAUUCUAUAGUUCCUCUAUUUGAAAUCCCCCCACCGGUCCGUGAAGUUAUAUCUUAUAUGAAACCGGUUCGUGGUGCAAAAAAGGUUGGGGAGCGUUGGACUAGAUCAUCACACUUGUAGGGUCAUUUCUUUGGUUCACACUUUGGCCUUUCAGAUUAACUUUUUAAGGUUUUAUAGCCACUAGUACUUGAAGCAAUAUCUAACAGCUCACGUGCACGUUUGUGGUGAUGCUUCCUCGUGCUACCGUCCCUGACCCACACUGAAGACCCACUCAGCAUGUCGGUGCUUAAACAGAACCUAUUUUAAUAAGAGCAAUAAUUUAUACAAACCAGUUCAGAGACGUUUCAGAAUUCUUUGGUCGUUGAAACUGACCGAGUUUAAUUCCUGCUCAUUACACAGUGUAGGCUACAGAGUAGAUCGAUGCUUUAUAUUUGUGCUCAGUGUGAAAUCGUGGUGCAGUCCAGCUGAUUCCAGGCUUUACUGAACACUUCUGACCACGUGUGUUCACACGGACAUAAACUGAACAUCCUGAUGAGGAUCUGACCGCCUGGUUUACAGACGUUUAAAAGAUCUAAACCAGAUUCCUCAGCUCUGGAGGUUCAGCGUUACUUUAGUAUUACGCAGCUCUUACUGACGUUAGUUGUGCUAAUAGAUUGUACAGUUUUAUGUGUUUUUUAUGUAUGAAUUUUUACUGUUAAAUAUUUAUUGGAAUUUUAUUGAGUUUUCAUGGUGCACACUGAGGUCCUUUUUAAACCAUUUUACAUACUAAAUCACGUCAGCAUACAAACCCAAGACCAAACAGGACAGACUUAAACACAGCAGUGGUUUAUAAAACUAAUUUUGACUGAAUUAAAAACAGAGACAGAAUAUUUAAACUGUUAAUAUUUUAUAGAUUUUUUUUGUAAACAUACAUAGUACGUAUGACAGUUGACUAAUGUUCAGAAAGAGUUGGGAUGGGAGGGUGUUUACCGCUGUGUUACAUUAUAUUUCCUUUUUACUGCGUUUGUGAUUAUUACAACUUCUUCUGAUUCUUGCUCGAUACCUCAGCUGUAGUCCUGGGUCUCCACUACUUUACUCACAUCGAUAACCUUUAACCUGGAAAAUGCACCAAGAUUCAUCUUAAGUCACAUGGAACCACAUGAAGAUAAAGGAAGUGAAGGUCUCCCUCGCUCGGGGUGGAAGAUUAGAGUUCAUGAUAACAAUCAUUAGAAAAUUACUGAGCAAAAAUAAGUCGAGGUAAAAACCAGCGCCAACUGAGAGAGAUUAAACCUGGUAUCGUACAGGUAUCGUGACUGGCACUAAACUUUUAUGAUAAGAUCUUAACAACAGUUAAACACGGUGCUGAAAUAAAGUCCACGAUUUGAAGCUG